GCGCUUUCAUCGGGUAUCACAACUUUAAUUGGUGGAGGUACUGGUCCAAAUACUGGAACAAAUGCGACAACCUGUACACCUGGAGCGACACAUAUCGAAAUGAUGCUUUCAUCCACGGAUGAUAUUCCAAUGAAUUUCGGUUUUACUGGCAAAGGCAAUGCUUCUGAUCCAGUAGCAUUAAAAGAGCAGAUUAAAGCUGGCGUUAUGGGUUUGAAAUUACAUGAAGAUUGGGGUACUACACCAAAAGCUAUUGAUACAUGUUUAAGCGUGUGUGAUGAGUAUGACGUACCGGUAAAUAUCCACACUGAUACCCUUAACGAAUCAGGAUUUGUUGAGCAGUCUAUUGCUGCCUUUAAAAAUCGUACUAUUCAUGCUUACCAUUCCGAAGGCGCGGGAGGUGGUCAUGCUCCUGAUAUUAUUCGUGUUUGUGGAGAACCUAAUGUUAUUCCCUCUUCAACAAAUCCCACGC